AGAGGGAGCCGCGAGGGCUGUCGGGUAGAGGCGUUGAAGCCGCGGGCCCACUUCCGUCGUGAAAGCGGCCUCGCCAGCAGUCAAAAUGGCGGAGUCGGUGCUCGAAGUUGUGGGGAAGCUGCAGUCGCGGCUCUCGGGCGGCGCGGAGCCCAAGAAGUUGAUGAAGAAUUUGAAGAGGCUAUCCGAGUUACCCAUCACUGUUGAUAUUCUUCUGGAAACUGGGGUAGGGAAGACGGUGAACGGUUUACGGAAACACGAGCAGGUUGGUGAUUUUGCCAAGAACUUGGUGGCGAGGUGGAAGAAGCUGGUGCCCGUCCCACCAGAGGCCGAGCGGCACAAUCAUGAGCCUGCAGACCGCAGCUAUGACCGAAGCAUCCAGAGGAAGCGGCAACGUGAUCCUUCCCCCAAAGAGGAGGAAGAAGUUGAGCAGGACUACACAGAAGCCUACCAGCCCUCUUGCAGCCAGUCCUACCACCUGGAACAUGGGGCAAAGAAGACCAAGAGAUACUCAGAGCCUGAGAGAGCCCAUGAAACUGUAAGCUAUGACAUCCCGGAGGACAGGACGUGGGACCGAGAGUCCCCGGUGCUCUCCGACCAGGAGGGCUCUGAUUACGGACAAACGGCCUCCCCUGAGCCAAGCGACGUCCCUCAGGAACUGUACGUGGACUUCUGUAGAACUGAGGAAGAGGAAAGGGAGCAGAAAUCUCUUCAUAGGAAGGCCGCUAAGGGCCACAGCUUUCAGGAUAGGCAGGAGGGGAACCACAGUAGGAAUUUCAGUGAUGCCCAGGACAAAACCGGCUCGGGUCGGAGCAAGGAACACAAGUCUUCUCACAAGGAGAAGCAGCGGCUAGAAGCCAAGGGCGAGGACAGGGCGCCUGCUUUUGGCCUUGAGCGGAUGCACAAGAGUUCCUCCAAAGAGUCCGCUUUGAUGGGCAGCAGCAAGGAGAGGCCCAAGGCCUUGGAUAGCUCCAAGCGAGAGAAGAAAAGAGAAGGUGGCAGCGCCAAGAAGGAGAAACUGCACCUGGACUCGGAGGAGGCGCUGGACGAUCACGUGAAGAAGCCAAAGCACCCAGAUUCAGAUAGAGCCAAACCCGAGAAAGUGAAGCUCGGAGACCGGGAGAAGGUGAAACCCGAGGGGGAUUCCUCUACUAAGAGCAAAGAGAAGAAGUCUUCUGGCAGCUUAAAAAGCUCGGAGGGCAAACCCAAAGCCCCCGAUUCGCACAAACGAACAGCCGCCUUCUCGCCUCCAAAUCCUGGGGAGGGAGAAGUGGAGGACGUGUAUGAGCGACCCACUAUGUCUUUUGAGUCCUACCUGAGCUAUGACCAGCCCCAGAAGAAGAAGAAGAAGGUGGUCAAGCCUCCACCUCCUGUCGUCGAGAAGGAGAAGGACAGAGGACACGGCAAACAGAACGGUUCCAAGGCAAGUGCCAAGAGCAGUGACACCAGCCAAAAGCCCCAGAAGCAGAGCAGUGAAAAGAAGGCACCGGGGGUGUCCAAAGCAAAAAAGAUUCCCAUUGACGUGGUGCCAACGCUUCCCGACAUCCCUUUGCCUCCAAUCCAGGCCAACUAUCGCCCUCUUCCUUCGCUUGAAUCAAUUCCCCUUGCCCAGCCAAAGAGGAAAGCCCUAUCUUCGCCCAUCGAGGAAGAUGAGGCCGGCUUCACGGGACGCAGGCUGAAUUCGAAGAUGCAGGUCUACUCAGGCUCCAAGACCGCCUACCUUCCAAAGAUGAUGACUCUGCACGAGCAGUGCAUCCGGGUCCUGAGCAAUAAUAUCGACUCAAUCUAUGAAGUGGGGGGUGUCCCUUACUCUGUCCUGGAACCUGUCUUGGAGCGUUGCACCCCAGAGCAGUUGUACCGCAUUGAGGAGUGCAAUCACGUUUUAAUUGAGGACACGGAUCGGUUGUGGCACAUCCACUGCGUCCGCGACUUCAAGAAGGAGAAGCCGGAAGAGUUUGAGUCCUGGAGGGAGAUGUACCUGCGCCUGCAUGACGCCCGGGAGCAGCGGCUGCUCCUGCUGACCCAGAACAUCCGAUCAGCCCAUGCAAAUAAACCCAGAGGCAGAGUAGCGAAGAUGGCGUUUGUCAAUUCAGCAGCCAAGCCGCCCAGGGAUGUGAGGCGAAGGCAAGAGAAAUUUGGGACUGGAGCAGCUGCUGUUCCAGAAAGGAUCAAGAUCAAGCCAGUAUUGUACAUGCCGAUGAAAAGCAGCCAUGUUCCUGCGGAAGAGGAGCAAUCUUACGACGGACCCAGCACUAGCAGUGGACACUCCGGUCCAUCCAUGGGCAGCACCUCCUCAGUGAGCUACGACCCCAGGAAGCCCCCUGUAAAGAAAAUCGCACCAAUGAUGGCGAAGACUAUUAAAGCCUUCAAGAACAGAUUUUCUCGGAGAUAAGGGCACCCUUCCUGGGAGCGCAAAGGGAGCUCUUCCCUCUUCGACAGCAACCAGUGCUAACAGGAAAAUUAAGCGGGAUGAAAAGGCGGCCUAGAAUCUCCGAAACCCUAUUUGAGGCCAACAGCACAGUAUUGUUCAAAGCAGCCUUCCAGCCCCUUCCCUGACUCCCAGUGUUUUUAAAAUGUGAAGUCUUGGCGUGUGCUGAGAUCCGAAGGUCCGUAGACCAUUACUCUUUCUUCAGCCCUUCCUCUCUGAACUAUGGAAUGAAAAGGAAUGCCUCCUUCUCCCAUCUGCAGUGUUUCGUCUUCAGUCUUUCUACAUUAAAAAAUACUAUCCAGAUUUCACUUCGUGUGGAGGAUUCCCCCCCCCCUUUUUUUUUUUUUUUUUGCAAACACUGUUACAAAGACAAGUACUUUAAGGAGACUUUGGUGACUGUUUUUCAAGAUUCUAGAGCACGGCUGAGGAUUCCCAUCCUUCUGUCCAGUCAUCUCUGGAGCAGCGCUUCCUCCUCUUCUGCUAUGCUUAAAUCCCAACUUUCAGCUCUUUCUUCCAUUCCUAAAUUCCUCACACCAAACAUACAUCAACUUGGCGCUUCUGUGGGAUGACACCAGAAUCUUCUGAAGAUGCUGUUUUGUUCUUCCUUCUGUCGGUUAGAUGAAAACAACAGUAACAACUAGACAACCUCUGCUCAAUUCUCCUUUUCUACAACUCAUAGGAAAAAUAAAACAGCACAGAAAUGUGAAAGGAGAGGCACUCAGGAGGAGAGGGAUACGUUUCACUUUGCACAGACCAAAAUUUGUUUUCAAUUGAAACCUGCCUCUAUUAUUUUUUAGGAAUAGUCAUAGUUUAUCAUUUUGAGGAUUCGGGUUCGCUUCCCCUCGUCCUUUGUGAACAAGAGGCCUGCCGUAUUGUUUUUUUUCCUCCUGGUUUCCAGCCCACUUUCAAUCUCGGUGGAAGUCUUUCCUGGCUUUUGAAAACACAAACAAAACAAGUGGCACUUUAACUCACCAGGGCCCUGCAAAGAACGUCAGUGAGACGGAGUUGUUUUACAACCCGUUGUGAGUGUUGACGUCGAGCUGCUUGAUAGGAAAAGGAUGGUGCAAAGCCUAUUUCUGUGUCUGUCUUUCUCUGAGUCCUGAGCACUACCUGCUCUUAGAAGAAAAAUGGAGGCGGAGGCUUUUGUUUGUCUGAGAGCAGCAUCUUGGGGAACUGAAUGGGGUUUGGCAGAACUUUUCAACAAGAAGCACGGUGCCGUUGCAACUGUCUGAGCUGUCAGAGCAGACUUUUAUGUCCCUGGAUUUCUUUGUGUACUGCUGUUUAAGCACUACAAGGGUGGAGAGGAGAAAGGAUACUACAAAUACCAUUUUUGUGAUGAUCCAUUGUGAAGAGGAGGAGGAAAUGGGUGUCGGGAUGCUUGGAUGAACCUUUGACAUCGGGGAGGUUUUGAAGGAGUCCGGCCUAUUUUUCCUCCUGACCACACAGAAGGGACAUCCUGAGCCUCCGAAACAGACUUCCUAUUACCACUCUUCCAAUCUCUAGCCUUUCGUUGUUGCUCCACCAGCGCAUGAUGGGUGAUAGUAGCCUUCACUGAACAGAACCUACUCCCUUUUUAAUAAACUGGGAAUCCCUCAAGACGUGGGGCUGGAGGGGAAACCGCAAAGUCUGUGCCAUGCCGGGCAUGAAAAACAAGAAUGUCAUCUGUCCAAACGGCGUUCCCUUGACGUUCCAACUCUCUUUUUAAAUCUAUAUCUACACACAGAAACAUGUAAACAGUUUUUUUUUAAAACAAGGAUGGUGUUUGAAAGAUGGGAUUCUCCUUCCCUGUCACACUGUUUGGAGCUGAUUCCCCGCGAGCUUUAAUGACAUCGUGUAGCAGUUCAAAGUGUGUUGUGAUGUUGGGUUACAAACAAACAAACAAAAAAAAAGGAAAUCAUGCUCCUCUUUGUUUUUCUGUAUUUAAUUUUUUGCUGUAUUGAUGAUUUAGUUAAUUAUAUAAGUAACCUUCUGCCAACCGUUGUACUUAGUGUAUUGUCUCCUUAUAUAAACGGGCGUAAGUGUUCAGACGGACGGGGAAGCGGGGAUGGGAGAGCACUGAACCACUGAAGAAAGAGUAUGGGAAGUCUCCAGAAAAUUCCCGAUAAAUCUUGAGUGUCUGGCAAUGGACUCUAGAAAUGCUUUUCUACCCACAUACAAAAGGGGAACACUAUCCGAUCCCUUCAUCCCGUCUUUUCUCAGCCACGGAGCCAUCAAAUCCUUGCAACCCAAACUCAGCCUCUUGGUGAUGGUUGUUUCAUGCCAGCUUUCCCCAACUGGAGACAAUAUAGAUGUGUUGGGCUAUGUUUAUCCCUAGCAACCUUGGUUCCUGAUGGUACUGGAUGAAGAUGACUGUCACCCCACAUAUUUGGAGGUUCCUGGCUUGGGGAAAGACAGUGCAAAUGCAAUGUAUCCCACUCUCAUUUCACAAUAUAGUGACAAUAUGGGCUGGCGUAUGAAAUAGCUCAUUUGCUUCUGAAAACAAGGCAGUUGGGUGGGUUUUUGCCCUAAAAACCCAGGUUGCUAUCCCUAUCACUGCUUCUAUAUUGGUUGGGGGUCAAUGUGAGAGGAUUGGGAAGGCUACCCAAGGCAUUAUUGGUACUGCAUUCAAAAAGGCUGAGAAUACUCCAGGAUGCUUUACUUGACAAUUCCCCCUCCAUUUGUAGGCAUUGUGGAAUAAUAAUAAUAGUCUUUCCAAUUGAAGCUGCAGCGCCCAAUGACUUGUAAUUUCAUGGUACUGGGAGACAUGGCUUUCACUGGUAAAAAAAAGCGGCACGUGGCCCAAGCAAUCCCAAGGCGUGUUGGGAACCUUUUUAAACAUAAUGUGGGCAGAGGAAAACUGAUCCGGCUUCCGAUCCCUCAAUGAGCAUUUUAAAGUCUCGCUCAUUUUAAAACGGUGCAAUUUUCAGUGCUACAUACACUACUCACAAAGGAACCAAAUGGAAGGGCCCCUUCCCAUUUUUGUGUACAUCGCAAGGUGAUGGUGAUGCCGAGUCGCCUCUGCCCUUGGGUCCCCUAAUUUGUAAAUAACAGUUUUCUAUUUUCCUUUUUUUUUUGGGGUGGUAACUGUAUGGAGAUGAAUAUUUUAAUUAGAUAAGUUAUAUGAAAGGAAGAAAUUUGUGUCUCAAUAAAAGCCAAACACUGGAA